AUGCCUGCUGCCACAACAGCCUCACAGCAAACAUACUUAAAUAAUAGUGACAGCAACACCAGCAGCAGCAAAAACAACAACAACGACACAGAAAACCACAGUGGACACACAAGACUACAUACAUACAUACGUGCUAGUGACGGUGUUACCAUCAAAGCAAUAACAACAAUUGUUAUAACACAAUUACAAUUGUUGGCUGCCACGCCGCCAUCGCCACCGCCGCCUCGAUUGACGCAAGUACUUGAAUCACGAUUUGUAAACAGCGAGCGCAGACGGACAGACGGCAAAUGUAAUGACGAAUACUUGAACGCGCGUCCGUCAACAACAAUAACAGCAACAAUAAAGUGCAGUACCUCUGAACCACCCGCACGUGGCCUUUGGAGUCCACUUCAGCCGUCGGUUUUUGGCCCACAAAACGGCAGACUAAGCAGCCACCACAACACAAGAUCACACAAAAUAAUUCGAAUGCAGCCACCAGCAUGUGCAACAGCGGCAAAUGACAAUCGGCAACCGGCAAUCGGCGGUAGUCACCAGCAGCCACAGCAGCAGCAGCAGAAUCAACUGCCGCCGCACAAAUCUGCGCCGCCAAUUUAA